AUGGUGUGUCACACUCCCAACCUCGCUCCUUCUUUGCAUAGAAUGACUCGACAUCAUCAUGUCCUGUUGUACCUUGUAUUCAUUCUAUGUUGUUGUUGUUUCUCGACACUCUCAUCAUUCACACUCGCUCAAAAUUUCACAAAUUGCUAUCAAGCCAAUUCCAAUGCUGUGAAAUUUAAAAUCGAAUGGACCAUUGAUGAACCAAAGAAUCAAUUCAGAGCCCUCGUAACGAUUCCUAAUGGAAAGGGAUGGGGAGCUUUUGGACUGAAACAAUUUACAGGUACUUCAGGAAUGAAAGGAGCGAGUAUUACGAUGGGUUAUAGUUCGAACAAGAUCAAUGAGUACAUUGCCUCAACCAAUGGACUACCAGCCAUUCGAUCGAAAAACUUUUUCAUUACUGCUGCCUCCAAUGUCACUGUCGCCGGUGUGAACUACUUGUAUGUGAUCCGAAAUUUAACACGACCAAUAGGAGCACCCAGCGAUUAUUUCGCCUUCUCGAAAAAUAUUACCAUCGAUUUAUUAUUUGCUGGAAAUCCGAAUCAAGUGCCAACGAGUCCAACAAGUUUCCUUUCUCAUGGCACUGGUAAUUAUUUGUACUUGUCGAAUUUUGCAUUUUACACGUCACGACCUUACAAUGCAAAUUGCACAAAAACUCCAAGCAAUUUAAUACCAGUUCCUACUCCUCCAGCACCUCCAGCUCCUUCUCCGAGUGUCAAGCCAAAACCAUCGUUAUCGAAUGUGCAACCAAAACCUUCGAGUGUGAAACCUGGAAAUUCGACAGUGGUUAGAAAUGUCACAGCAAGUAGUGAAGCAUGGAAUGAAAAGAGUGGAAAUUUAUGGACCUUAAUGAUGGCACUUGUGUGUGGAUUGUUUGUUUUUGGCAUGAUUGGAAUGACUCCAAUGCCUUGA